AUGGCGCCUGCUCAGGUUGUUGACGACGUGGACGUCGACAUGGUCCAGGAUGAGGAUGAUGAUCAGGAGCAGCGCCUCAUCAAUGAGGAGUACAAGACCUGGAAGAAGAACAGUCCCUUUCUCUACGACAUGAUCCUCAGCACGGCUCUCGAGUGGCCUACCCUGACUACACAAUGGUUUCCCGAUGUCAAGGAGCCCGAAGACAAGAACUACCGAAUCCACAGACUGCUCCUCGGCACUCACACGUCCGAGGGCAUGCCAAACCACGUCCAGAUCGCAGAGGUCAAGAUCCCCAAAUCCGCGUCCCCGAACCCCGCCGACUACAACGAGGAGACUGGUGAAAUUGGGGGGCAUGCGAAGUCAUCGAAUGGCGGACCCUCCUCCGUGGAGUUCAACAUCGUCCAAAAGAUUGAUCACCCUGGCGAGGUCAACAAGGCUCGAUACCAGCCUCAGAAUCCCGAUCUCAUUGCGACUCUGUGUGUCGACGGAAAAGUCCUCGUAUUUGAUCGCACAAAGCAUAGCCUACAGCCCACAGGCAAGGUCAACGCCCAGGUUGAACUCAUUGGUCACAAGCAGGAAGGAUUUGGCCUGAGCUGGAACCCCCACGUCGAGGGCUGCCUGGCCUCAGGCAGUGAAGAUACUACUGUCUGCCUCUGGGACAUCAAAACCGUACAGAGUGGCAGCAACACGUUGAAGCCCGCCCGGAGAUACACCCACCACACGCAAAUUGUCAACGACGUUCAAUACCACCCGAUUGCCAAGAGCUUCAUCGGAACUGUCUCAGACGACUUGACGAUGCAAAUUAUCGACGUGCGCCAGGCUGAUACCGAUCGCGCCGCUGUGGUCGCCAAGCGUGGCCACCUGGACGCAAUCAACGCCCUUGCCUUCAACCCCACGUCAGAAGUUCUCGUUGCGACGGCAUCGGCGGACAAGACAUUGGGUAUUUGGGAUCUGCGUAAUGUCAAGGAGAAGGUUCACACACUUGAGGGUCACAAUGAUGCCGUUACCUCCCUUUCGUGGCAUCCUCAGGAAGCCGGCAUUCUCGGCUCCGGUAGCUACGACAGGCGCGUCAUUUUCUGGGACCUGUCCCGCGUCGGAGAGGAGCAGAUGCCUGAUGACCAGGAGGAUGGACCCCCGGAGCUGCUCUUCAUGCACGGUGGCCACACCAACCACCUCGCAGACUUUAGCUGGAACCCUAAUGAACCCUGGCUCGUUUGCAGUGCCGCUGAGGACAACUUACUCCAAAUCUGGAAGGUAGCCGACUCCAUUGUCGGCAAGGACGACGGCGACUUGCCCUUGGACGAGAUCGACCGGUAG